AUGAUAUCAGCACUUCCUUACCCGGACUCCAAGGUUUUGAGCACAAAUAACUACGGCAUGUCUCUCUGGGGACAGACAGGAAAGAUCACGGCCGAGCUUCCCGAUGGAACAACGAAGCAUUAUUUUUUGACGACGGCAAAUCUUGGAGACACCGGGCAUGCCAUGAUACUCGGAGAAUACGAGUCUCUCAAGGCAAUCCACGCUGUGUCUCCCAACAUUCGGCUGGCAGAUAUGCACAAGAAGUCCCAGUCGCCAACCGGAAAGUUCGGCUUCCACGUCACAACCUGCCACGCCAAGUUGCGGCAGAUGACUGAUUGUUGGGAGGAUUCGUGGGCAGCGCUGUGCCGCAAGCAGCUCGCCCACAUGAUUGAGCUUGAGGAGGUCAAGCACGGCGAAUGGCCCGAGUUCAAAAUCGUCUGCCAACUCAUCCUGGACAAGGUCAUUCCGAGACUCCUUGAGCCUCUCCAGUCCAAUGGCCGCAGCAUCAAGCCGUGUUUGGUUCAUGGAGACCUCUGGGAUGAGAAUACCGCCACGGACAUGGCGACCGGCGAGCCGUUCAUCUUCGAUGCUGGAUCUUUCUACGCCCACAACGAGUACGAGAUUAGGGGGAGUGGGAUGACCGAAAACCUGCUGUACUCUCUCCGUUUUGACCUCGGCACUGCUAUUCUGAUCCCCUGUAACCAGCGCCAAAUCGUCAAGGAGAACAUGAUCAUUCUCUGCAAAAAGGUUUUCCCAAAUGAGCUGGCCUGCUUUGCAGAAAAGCCUGGUUAACCCUGCCUUCCGCUCAAACCUGGGUCUGCGUCGUGCCGUUACGUACUCAGAAGACUAAGAGGCCGAGGAAGAAGAAGAAGAUGAGACGCAACAAGACGAGAGCGAAGGAGAGGACGAGGACCCCGCGACCUCCAAUCCGUACGACUUGGACAGCGACGAUAAAUGGGACGAUGGUGUUACCCUGGUUGACGCUGACCGGCGGAGGCUGAGUUCCACUGGGGUUGCUGCCGGGCAUUGGUGGUAGAAGAACUUGGUAAAAAUGAGACUGCAGGUACUUUAAUACACGUGUAGACAGUGUGCAUAUCGCAAAUUUUCACUUUGGGAUAGUUCGCAGGUGGGACGAAUCUGAUUUGACCGCUACAAGCCUACAAAUCGAGGCGGGAGAGAGGGAGGGAGGGGCC